AAGGAAAAAACAUAUUUUGAUUGUAAAGAUUGAAGAAGAUUCCAAAAAGAGUAGCAUCACUCAUCACUGUAUAUGAUUUUUUAAGCCAACCAAAAAGUUUGGUGGAAGUUGAUGAGAAAAAACACUUCUUUUUUGGGAACUUGAAAGUGAUUUAAAAGAUCUUUUGAUGCUUGUAUAAAAGUAGAAAAAAUAGAGAGGAUUUUCUUGGUCCCGAUUCAUGGUUCGAUUAUGUCCUUAUAUCGGUGUCUGGUGAAGGAUUCUGUUGAGGAUUAAACAUGGAGAAUGGUCAUGAAUCACUCAGCAAUGGAAAACCAGCUGAUCCUGGUCUCCAAAUUAUUAGGCACCCCUCUUACCAAUCAUCUUGUGGUAAAUUAUCGUUAUCUUGGUUAGAUAUAAGAGUUUUCUAUAUUAGAGUCAGCAAUUUUAUGGUAGAUGAUUCCACCCCGGAAUAUCUUACUCUCAACCACAUUCCUCUAAGUCCCGAUACAUUGCUUGAAGUUAAUGGAACAAGAUGUUCCAUGUAUUCAGAAGGAGCAUCUUGUCUCCUUCGAAGGGAUCGGGUUGAUAAGAAAUCUGAAGAAGCUACAUUUGUGAGCACGGAUAGUAUAAGGUUGACAGGAAGUGUGAAAUUUGAGGUUUUCAAUAAAGAUGAUCUUGUGCUCUCGGGGUUUUUAGAGAUGUCGAAUAGUAAUGGUUUUGUUGGGGAGUCUAAAAGCAGUAGCAGGAGAUGGAACAUGGAUUGUGAAUCGGUGAUGAAUGCUGGCACUGGUUUCCUGAAGGGUAAACAAAUUAUGGAUUCUGAAUCAUUAUCACCAACAAUUGAAGUCUUUAUUACUGGUUGCUUCUCCGGGACGCCUAUCAUCUUGACCAAGAGUUUGCAGCUCAAUCAUCGGAAGAAGCACAACAGGAAGGGUAUGUUACACUCAAUCCCGGAGCAUGAAACAGAUGAACAGCAGAAAGAUGUCUCAUCUGAACUUGAUCUGCAGGUUACAGAGUAUAGAAAGUAUGAACCAGAAAGCGAAGAAGACUACAACAUGUAUUGGAGACAAACGGAAUAUAUGGAUGGUGAAGAUGGGGAACUAUCCUGGUUCAAUGCUGGGGUCCGUGUUGGUGUAGGGAUCGGCCUUGGCAUUUGCGUAGGAGUUGGAAUAGGAGUUGGCCUGUUAGUCCGCACCUACCAGACUACUACGCGGAACUUCAGAAGGCUUGUGUGAUUAUGUAGCGGUAGCUGCAUUUGUUUUUGCAUAGACCAAACUGCUAACAACAGAUAUAUGCUUGUCUUGAGAGUGUGAAUUCUGCUCAUUAGACAGUUUCACUGUAGCUAACCAUCAUACAUUUUCGUGUUAACUUACUUCCUGCUACCUUUUCGUCUUCCCUUGCCCCAUCCCCGUCCCCGUGUUAAGUCUCUUUGUACCCCCUUCUUGUGUUGGAUUUAGGUGUGCAACUUCUUACUGUUGUAGAUGUUCCAUUCUGUUGCUGAGAUGUGUCCCAAGGCUACAAAAGUUAUAUAAUCAUUUGGUAUAAUUUUUGUGUUAAAACUUUUUGGACUAGUAGUUCAAUGUAAUUUUGUUCUUUUUGUUAACUCUUCCAUCUGAUAAAUUGA